AUGGUCUCUGCUAGUGCACCGAGAGCAUCGUCCUCGAACCGUCCUAUGAACCUGUCAGGCGACCAAAAUCAAGUACAGCCGACAUCCAAAGUUCUUCCAACACUAGACCUACAUGCUCUACAGAAUGCUAGCCGUGUUUUACAGGACCAGCUAAAUAAAGACGCACAGAUAAUCCCGGAGUUAAAUGAUAUGCUUACGAUUCCUGGCGUUCCUUCGUCUGCGUCCUACAGCGUUUUCCCCGACGACUUUCGCGUUCCAUUCCAGAAAAGGAGACUGGUUGGAAUCCCAGAUGCCCUAUUUCAAUACUACAAUACUACAAGCGUGACUUCACAUAUGGGGCUGAUGCCCGAAAUCGAACGUGUAUGGAUAACCAUUGAUCAUAAUCUGUUCCUGUGGGAUUACAUUGAAGGCCAAGAACUGAGCUCAUAUGUAGACCAGCCCGACGUUAUUACACAUGUGGCACUCGUCAGGCCCAAGGCCGGUGUCUUCAUUGAUGAAAUUACAUUCCUCCUCGUCGUAUGUACUCCGGUCUCUGUACUUUUGAUCGGUUUAUCUGUCAAUCCCGCCACUGGAGCCAACAGUCGAACGCAUAAAGAUAUCAAGCUUUAUGCCACCGAUAUGACAGUCUCGGUUGACGUGGAGAUGACCUCGGUCAUUGGGACACAGGAAGGUCGUAUUUUCAUGUGUGGUGUACAUGAUGGCUGCCUGUACGAGCUACACUACCAAGAAAAGGAGGGGUGGUUCGGCAAGCGAGUGCACAUGCUCAAUCAUUCUGUUGGAGGUGUCCAAAGCCUCAUCCCUCGACUCAGUGCACCAAGGCCUGAAGAUCGUAUCAUUACGGUGGUCUCGGACACAUCACGGGGCUGCUUUUAUACACUGACUGCCAACAACACCGUUUCAAUCUACAAAACGAAUGGUGAUAAAAGCGUGCAGCAUGUGCAUACGUUAUCGAACCUGUAUAAAGCUGCUCAGGAUAAGGCACCUGGGUCACCUGCACUGACUCCUCAGAAAUUCCAGAUAAUCGCCUUGCACAUCAUUGACCAGAAUGAAUCUCGUUCAGGAGUUCAGCUCAUGGCUAUCACUGCGAAUGCAGUGCGUCUUUACUUCUCUCCAAGCUCAGGGUUCAACCAAGGGUUCAUGGUCGGAGGUGGAGCUCAAAGUGCUAUUCGCCCCCUGCAAUUGACGCAUGUACGGCUCCCCCCACCCAAUUUGUUACAUCCAGACGAGCAAUCCGGCCCGCAUCGACCAACAACCACAGGUUACAGCAUCGCGCAGGCUUCGCAACAAUUGACUUCCCGGCCGUAUGUUGUGUCUAAUCUGGAGAAUUCAUGUUACGACGCCGGUCUUCUUGUGGCUGCUGAGCCUGCCGAUGUUGAUGGGACAGAUUAUGUAUUAUGCAUAUCCCCCGAUCUGACUAGAGUCGGUUCGCUCGGACAAGUUCAUGGAGCACCGUCGCAGUUGCAGCUCUCCCAAUUCGCGACUACAUCAUAUUCUAUGGUACCUGGCCCAAGUCGACCGCCUCUGACGGAAAACGCAGCGUUACUAGCCAUCCCUGGUCGGACAUGGGCGAUGGCGCUCGUGCCACGUCCCGUAGACCUCUCGACAACAUCUGUGCCCUCGAAUCUCCCGGUUCCCGUUAUCACAAAUGAACUUGCAUACCAGAUAUCUGAGCCGACAAGACAAUUUAUGAUAUUAACCAAUGUUGGGCUGACGUUUUUGGCGAAGAGAAGGGCUCUUGAUUACCUCAAAGAUGUAAUCGAGGAAUUUCAAGUCGAAGGUAACGCACAACCAUUGAUUGAAUUCAGAGAUAGUUUUGGGCGAGAUCAGACAUGCGCUAUGCUCCUUGCGAUUGCUGGUGGUAAUACGUUUUUGAGUGCCGGCGAACAGGCUUCCAUUGGUUCUAUCAGAACUGUUGGUCCCGAGAUAGCGAUGGUAGCGAAGCAGGCGUUUUAUGACUUCGGAGAGCGACCUAUGUGGGCUGAGCGAGUAACAUAUGGCACGAGUGAAGGCUCUGGAACUGCAAUAUUUAGUGGUCGACGAGAGGGCUUUGCCCUGUACUUUGCUCGUUUGGUCAGACCGUUUUGGAAGGCCAAGCUUACAAAAACCAAUGCGGCGGGACUACAUGAUCUAAAUGUACAGGAUAGUAUUUUGAUUGCCGCUCAGAGGAAUCUACACGCUCUGAAAGAUUUACUUGAUGCAAAUCCUCACUUGUUCCAUUCUAUCCCUGGCGACUACGCCGCCGGGAGGUCAGGAACCAGUAGCGACCUCGAGGCUUGGAAGGCCGAACAUGGCUCGGUUUCCCAGCUGCUGGAUCUCUUGGCGAGAACAGUAGAAGCUAUUUCUUUCGUACUUCUUCUGAGUGAUCAUCAAUUAGGAGAAUUGAUCAGGCAAUGCGAGCCGGCUAUACAGCAAAUUGCUACUUCCAUGACCUUUGAAGACCUAGUCACCGAUGAUAAAGGCGUCACUGCCUCCCGCGCUUUGGUAAAUGUUGUGAUAAACCAGCACAUAGGUCAGCAGAUCAGUGUUGACACGAUCAGCGAGGUUCUGCAGCAGCGAUGUGGCUCCUUCUGCAGUACAGACGAUGUCAUGUUAUAUAAGGCGCGGGAAAAUGUGCGUAAAGCCGUCGAAACCAGAAACCCUGCCGAACGCUCCCGCAAUGUCGAAUUCGAAAAGCUCCGCGAAAUCUGUGGAGAUUAUCAGCAGCUGAAUUAUGCGAAAGGCGCAAUUGUGCUACCAUUACACUGCGCCAAGGUAUACGAUGCUGAUGGUCAGGGUCAAGAGUACUGGAUCGCAGGGUGUCCUGCAAAUGAUUCUAGAUCAAGUUCCUGGGAACGGCGGAUUCAUUGUUACGAGCUGGUCCUCGAUUCUCUGUCAGUGUUUGAAGAGCGUUCUGCACAAGCGAAGCACCCGUCUUCAUCCGGCCUCACUAUUGAGGACCCCGAGCGUGUCAGAAGUCAUGCGUACGAACUCGCGUUCGACAACGAGGACGAGAUGUUCCAUUCUUCCCUCUACGAUUGGCUAAUAAAAAGAAACAUGGCGGAUGAACUCCUGGAGAUGCGCCCGGUGUAUCUUGAAGCGCACCUGAGACGUCCUCCUGUAACCGUUCAGAAAUUCCAACUAUUGUGGCAGUUUUACGUCAAAGAUGGGCAGUCCCUUCGAGCGGCUGAGGUAUUGGGGGCUUUGGCAGAGUCGACUGAAUUCAAUUUGUCACUUGGCACGCGUCUGGAGUACCUGACAUUGGCAAUUGGCAAUGCAAAGUCACAUCCAGUAUCCGCCGGCGGCAGACAUGAAACUGCGAUUGCGUUCCUAACAGACCUCGAAGAGAAGCUUGAGGUUGCACAGGUUCAAUUUGAGCUGUACAAUACUUUGAUUCCUAGAAUCAACGAGCCGGGAGAAAUUGGUGAAAAGGUGCAGCUUCUGUCGACAGGCCUCAUGAAUAUCACAGAGCUAUACCAAGAAUACGCCGAGCCGUUUGAUUUGCCAAUCAUCAAACUUCUUAUCCUCCAUGUCUCAGAGCAUCGGGAUGAGAAUAUUGCUCGACCAAUCUGGAACAAAAUUUUCGAAGAUGCUAUCAAUGGUGGUGAGCCAGAGACGGCCACUGACCGAAUCAUAUCGCAAGUGGUGCCACUAGGGCAGCGCUUUUAUCCUUCUGAGAGUGCCUUUCCCCUUCGGUAUAUUGCCUCGCUGCUCGUACGCUUUGGCCUCACUCGUAAGGGAGCUAUACCGUACGGAUGGGCGCCCCGUGCUUUGGCACAAUGUGGCGUGCCUUAUCCCGAAAUAUGGGAUAUUUGCUAUGAGAUGUACGAGUCUCAGGUGCCACCAUUCAACGAACAAGCAAAUGUGCAGGCGAUAUCUUCCGAUAUCGCUGUGCUAUUGACGGAUUGGAUAGAAGAGGCCAAACGGCCGCAAUCUGCUGCGUCGCGAGGAGAGUUCCCUGUGUACCGGAUAGACCAGGCAAUUGAUCAGUAUCUCGCCGAGCUGGAGCCAAGCCGGACAGUAACAAAAGCCGCUUACGAAAAUUUGAAGCGUCAGCUGCGGCGAAAUUGGUAG